AUGUCGAACGUCGAUAAGUUGCAUUAUUUGACUGGGUGCUUGUAUGGUGCAGCCUUGGACGCGAUUCGCAGUAUACCCGCGUCCGAUGAUAACUAUCAGUUGAUAUGGUCAACUUUAUCUGCGCGUUUCUACCGCCCGCGCAUGGUCGCGACUGCGCUAUUAGAAAAAGUGUUGAACGCGCCGUUGUCGUCGCAGGAGUCAUUGCACGAUUUAACCGUUUUUUUGUCUACAUUCGACGAAAAUAUUUCGUUAUUAUCCGCGAUGGACAUUCCUGACCCCGGGUCGUUCAUCCUGUUCACUUCGGCUUUCCGUGCUUUACCGCUCGCCACGCGUAAAUCAUUUGAAUCCACUAUUACAAGUAACGUCGUUUAUCCAUCAGUCGAUAAGUUACUGAAGUUCGUGCGGGAUCGUAUUACCGUGUUAGAAAAUGUUGGCGAGACGCGGAAGACUGGUGCCAUGCCGACGCCGUCACCUGUUACUGGGCCGCACGUCAGCCGCCGCUCGGGGAAGGGUCAUCCCGUGGCGCUCGUCACCGCGAAACCAACGGAGACUCGUCCUCCGAAUACCACUAGCUCAUGUCCCUGUUAUCAUGGGUCGCACAACAUCAGCUCAUGUCCGAAGUUCCGAUCAAGUUCACUGGACGAUCGGAAUCGAUGGGCUCAUGAAAAUAAAGUUUGUUUUGAUUGCCUCAGCGGCAAUUAUUGGAUCCACGCCUGUCCAUCGAAGUCGCGAUGUCAAAAGUGUUCUAAGAAGCAUCACAUACUUUUACAUGGUGCUACUCCCGCCCGUCAAGUGGAUGGCGGUGACCUUGAGAGGGGGGAAUCACCGUCGUGUAGCGCGGCCGCGUUGGCACCGCGUGCGAGUGUGAUACCAACGGUUUUGUUAGACACUGCGUUGAUUCACGUGCGAGACAGGGCCGGUACGUGGCAAACGGUUCGCGCUUUGGUCGACUCCGCGUCCCAGAUAAGUGCCUUGACAGUCGAGUGUUCUACCCGCUUAGGAUUCCGGCCCCGUCCGUGGACCAUGCCAGUCAGUGGCAUAUCCGGUACACCUGUCGUCAGCGUGAAGGGCAUCGUCGAAUGUCACAUCCGACCGCGUUUUGCGUCCGAACCAUCGCUGACUGUGCAAGCGUGGGUGCUGCCUUCGAUCACUAGUGGAGCCGCGGGCCGCGGGGGAACAACUUUGGCGACGCGACACGCGCCCGUUUCGACCUGCCUGAUCACGAGGUGA